AUGGCGAAUCCCGAGAAUGCACUCCCUGUUGGCGAGGAGAACAUUAAGACCAAUAUUGUCACACUCUCCCGAUUCCUGACUGAAGAACAAACAAAAUACCCUGAAGCCUCGGGUGACCUCACCCUGCUGUGCCACGCACUCCAAUUCUCGUUUAAGUCGAUCGCCUACUACAUCCGCCGUGCCUCGUUGAUCAAUCUGACCGGUCUGGCCGGUUCCUCCAACAUAACUGGUGAUGAUCAGAAGAAGCUUGACGUUAUCGGCAAUGACAUCUUUAUAUCCGCCAUGCGCGGCUCCGGGAAGUGUCGAAUCCUUGUAUUUUUGGCUCCACGCCGAUGUCUCAUGGUGCCGGUAAUGCGUUUCCCCAACGGACAUUUGUAG